AUGCCGGGCACGCGAUCAGCGAUGCCGUCUGCGCCACUGGCAGUGCUCGUGCUGCUGCCGGACGCUCUCUCGGCCCACGCUCCAGGCCGCAACAAGGCAGCACCGUCUCUGGUCCCACGUAACUCGGGUAACGCAGUGCCACGACUCAGCGGCCUCGCGUCGUCGUGGACCACCAGUGCCGACGCCAAUGACGAGGCCGACGAACCCCCGAUCGUCCAGAGCCGCCGGCUCAGCCUCGCGCCUCAUCUUGAGACGAGACAGUCCAAGCCUUCACUCAGCCCCACGUCCAUGGGUGGCUUCUCGCCACUCUCAUCCCUUUCCCCGUUUUCCGACAAGCCGCGCAGAUCAGGCCUGAGCCCCAAGCCGUCGAUCCCGGACCACCUUGCCAGCUCGCCAGCGCUCAGCAAGCCCCGUGCCAGUGUGGCGUUCCCCAGCGGCCAGGGGCUGCCGAACCUCGGUCGCGGUCGUACGCAGAACGAAGGCGACGAUCUCGUGGAUCUCUUCCGUGCAAGUGGCGUUGAAGUGGCAGUCGUCCGGCAUGUCACCCACCUUCCGAACAUCUUGGCAAACUCUCAAUCGCCGUCCACCAGUCUCAGUACUCCUGGCUCGACAUCAAAGGUUCAGCAGGUGGUCCUUGUCCCUUUCGGAGACGCCCCACCUCUUCCCUCCCUCUCGCUCUUCCUCGCUUCGGGUACCACCCCUUCAGCCGUCUGCUUCCAGCAAGAUCUCAUGGAACGCGCAAGGAAGACCGAGGACGAAUUCCUCAACCAAAUUCUGGGUCGCAUCCAGAGUGUCAAGGACGUGAUCCAGAAGCAGAUCGGCCCAGAUGACGACCAGCCCAUUGUCAUCGGAUACCUCGCCCACGGCAGCCUCGGGCAGUCGUCGAUAAGUGAAUGUCUUGAGGCCGGUACAGCUGGUGUUCUGCACCCACCGUACGACGGCCGGACGGUGGCAUCGCUGAAAAUGCUCGUGACAGCCGCCAACGACGGCACCUCGUCAACUGUCGCACUGGCGGGCUCCCCGGCCUCGUCCGCUCUGCAGUUCUCGCCAAUCAUUGAAGAAGAUGCCAAGGUCGUCCUCACGCCGACAGCCCUGUCGAUGGGUGCUGAGCAUGAGAGUGAAAAGGUCCUCACAGCGUCGUUCUCCUCCCAGCGACGGCGGAGGAGCACCCAAAUAUCGCACCUGUCACUCAACCGCGUAGUCUCCGGCUCGUCGACGGGAAGCGUCGGGCUCAGUGCGCUCAGCUCUAGCAUCACGCAGGAAAUCCCAGCAGAGUCGCUACAGAGCACCUCGGGAUCCUCCAACGCGACGAACCUGACACCAAAGACUCCGCUCAUGACCCUUGAUGACUUCUCGUUCCCAUCCCACCUUAACAGACUGUUGGGAACGUCGGAGGCGGCUAACGAGGCCGCCAGGCGCCGCAGUGUGGAUACGGGUGGUCUUGCAUUGGCCUUCGACCGCGCAUCCAAGAGGAUGGAGACAAUCGAUGGGUCUGGUGAAUCCGUGGAAGACACGUCGAACCACAUCAAUGUUGUCGCAGGCGAACACGAGCAGGAGGUCGCCGACGGGAACAGUUCUACCCAGUUCGCCGAGGUCCUUGGGGACAUGUACAACCAGACCAUGACGUCCAUCGACGUGCAGAUGGGCGACUACGAUGAGUUUGCAGCACCCUUGUCGCGAGAAGAUCGUGUGCGCCUUGUCGACAUUCUGGACAACUGGGGUUUCCGCCCUCAUCAGCUCAACCAGAGGGACCUCUUCCGCAUCGCUUGUCUCCUCUUCCAGUCCGUGCUCAGCAUGGAUGGCGUCGCCCAACUUGGACUCAGUUUCAACGCUAUGAAGAAGUGGCUCUUCGCCGUCCGCGCCAUCUACCAUGCUCCAAACCCUUACCACAACUACGUCCACGCGAUUGACGUCCUGCAGGCGACGUACCUAUUCCUAGCCCGCAUCAACGUCGCUCCGCCGUUUGUGUGGCUCCGUGACCUGCAUCCCGGAUCAACACCACCGUGGAAGCGUUCGUCCGAGGCAGAGCGGCCAUCUAUGGGUCGCGGCACGGCCAGAGCUCGCGAGAUCCUGCGACCGCAAGAUGUGCUGGCAAUCGUCAUCGCCGCAAUGGGUCACGAUGUCGGUCACCCGGGAUUGAGCAACGCCUUCAUGAAAAACGCCAAGGUGCCUCUGUCCGUCGUCUACGACGACAAGUCGGUGCUCGAGAACAUGCACUGCAUGCUCACCGUGCAGCUUCUGCGCAAGCAUGGCUUCGGGUUCCUCCUCGCGUCCCCAACGAUGGCGCAAGCGGCCGAGCACCCAGCCCGCGCCAAGCUCGACACCCGAGGUUUCCGUCGCGUACUGUACAGUGCGAUCCUGGCGACCGACAUGAGCCUCCACUUUGCGUGGAUCCAUCGGCUGAAGGAGCUCGGCGAGAUCGUGCGUGGCAUCGAGCCGCUCGAGCGCGACCAGCUCGUUGAGGAGGACCGCAUCAUGGUGUGCCAGGCGCUAAUAAAAUGCGCGGACAUCAGUAACCCCUCACGCCCAAUGGACGUCUCGGAGCACUGGUCGGUGGUGCUCCUCGACGAGUGGGGCAAACAGGCGUCCCUGGAGGAGGAGCUCGGGCUGCCCGUCUCGGUCGUCGCCGGCGUUGACGCGCGCUUACAGGCCAAGGGUCAGAUUGGCUUCAUUGACUUAUUCACACAUCCGCUAUUCCGCGCGGCUGCCGAUGUGCUUCCCGAACUCGAGAGUCUGGCCGAAAGUGUAAUAGCCAACCGCGCAGUGUGGAAGAAGCGCCUCGAGCAGCUCGAGGCUGACGAAGCCGCAAAUGAGUUAUACACGAUGGCUCUCCGCGCUUCUAUCAACGCGCCCCUCCCUGUCGCCGAGGACGACCGCUACGGCUCGCUCUUCCCUCUCAUACUCCCCCAGAAGCUCGUCGCACAGAGCACCGGCGGUUCGUCGCCUAAAGCGUCCCCACCCGCGUCGCCUGCGACUGUGGCUCGCGCCCCGCCGUCCCCAAUCGCGCACGCGCAAGCCUUCCGCGCCGUCUACCGCGACGAGGUCAAGGAGCGCUCGCUGCUCGAACGACACCUCCUCGCACUCACUGGCUUUGACCCAGCCUCACAAGGCCGCCGGAUGUCCACCCCCGAUGCGCUGCUUGUUCGCAGCAAGCCGUAA